AUGGCGCUGGACGGCGGUGUUCACCACGAUAUUCCCCGGUCCGUGCGACAAAACUUGGAUGAAAUGACAUCCGAGUUUGAAUGGCUGUUACAUGAAGUCUCCGUGUUGAAUGAUAUGCUCAAAUCGAUAACUGACGCAAAUGAAGCCAUGUAUCACGGCCUGGUGGAGCUGGUUCAACGAAAUGCUAUUCACUACUGGAAUAUUCGCAUCAUCGGGGCGGCUUUUUAG